AUGUCCUUUCAGAUACCCAAGGUAUCGCCCAAGUGGGAAUUUGACGGCUUUGAGGGCGGACCGUCGUCCCAUCAAAUCGUGCUGGACUGGCUCCUGGUCCCGCGCAACUACGAGCGUUGGGCUGGACUAGAGAAGAACGCAUCUGUCUCAAAAGUGGCCCUCUGUCGAGAGAUCAUCCGCCUCCUCAAUGACGCCAAGAUCUUCACCCGUCGAGAGAGCGAUGUCACGAACCGCAUCAACGGCUGGCUCAAGUCCUACAAGGAGGCAUGUGCAUGGCUUGAGACCGAGGGCGCCACCAUCCGCACGAGCGGUGUUGACGACCCCGAGUCGGUCAUCCGUUUCCAUAUCCUCACCACGCUCAAGUGCAAGCACUUUUACGAGUUCCAUCCGAUCUUUGAAGAGGCC